AUGACGAUCUCGAAGAACCCAGGGAGCAACAGCAGCAGCAGCACGCGCCCCAGCAAACCAGUCUCAAAACCCACCGCCGCAUAUCUGUUCCUCUACAAUGCCCUCUCCUUCGCUCUAUGGGCCACGAUAACCGUCCGCCUAAUCUCCCUCCUCACCCUUCUCACCCCAGCUAACAAUGUAGCGCAUACAUUUGAUACCCUUUUCCCCCUCCUCCUCUUCACCCAGUCCCUCGCGCUUCUGGAAAUCCUGCACUCAGCGGCGAAACUCGUGCGCGCCUCUGUCGUCACGACCGCGAUGCAGGUGGCCAGUCGUAUCCUGGUUGUGUGGGGCGUCUUGUAUCUUUUCUCCGUAGAGAGGAUUGGGCGGGAGAAGGGGAUUGUGGGUGCUGGUAAUGCUGCUGGUGCUCAUGAUGUGACGAAAUUGGGUGAUUGGGCGUUUGUUGGCUGUGUGGCUGCUUGGGGGGUUACGGAGUGUAUUCGAUAUGGAUUUUUUACAUUGCAGGUUUGCGGUGCUGCGGUGCCGCGGUGGGUGAUUUGGUUGAGUGAUUUGAGAGGGAAUAGGAGCCGUUCCUAUAUUGAUUUAUUCAUUAUGUUUUUCGUAGCUAACGUGGGAUUUGUGAAAGAUAUAAUACCUUCUUCAUCCUCUAUCCUAUCGGGAUCUCGAGCGAGUGCUGCUUGA